GGCAGCCGCCGCCACCGCCGCCGCCGCCAAGUUCUGCUGCCCUACAUUUUCGCCUUCUUUUGCAAGCCCUGCUCAAUUUCUCUUGCCCUGCCUGCUGACCAAAUCAAAACUGUACCCCGGCUCUUCCGGAAAAGCUUCUGAAGGUGGUCUCCCUUGCUGGGAUUUCUUGCACUCCUGCGUGAGAAGAGGGAUCCUUCCAGAAUCGGCGUUUCGGUUCGUGAAGUGACUUCCUUGUGCCCCAGUUGCGCCCUGGGGGCCUCCGGGUGUGUGAUUUGUCUCCUGGGUACCAACACAAGGAUCUCACAGCUGUCGUUGGGUUUCUAGCUAACGUGGAGCCUUCUUGAAGUGCAGCCAGUGUGGAGCGGAGCUGCUGAAAAGGACUGGUUUUGGUAGUGGUGGUGUGGGGGGAGGGAGAUGAAGGAGUGCGCUUGAGCACUGAUCAGGUCCAGACGACUCUUCUGUGGCGCAAACACAGCGCCUCUGGCAAGGUGUGGAAAGGACGCCUAUCCGUCCGCUUUUCCUCCCGUGGGUUCAGCAGACGUCGAGAGCAUUUGUUUCUCCAGAGGAGCGCUACUCCCUGCCACAGGCGGGGCUUGAUGCCGACCCGCCUGGAGAUCUCCCAGCCCCAGGCAUGACCAGGACCUGGACGGAGGCUUGUGGUUCACUCCCCUGAACCCAUCCUCGCCUUUGCCUCGCUCGCGAUGGACCCCGGAGCGGACCCUGCCGUCCUCUCAGAUGUCCGCCUGUGCGGCUACCUGCGCAAGCAGAAAUCCCACCACCGCCGCUUCUUCGUGCUGCGUGGCGCAAGCGAGCGAGGCCCGGCCCGCCUUGAGUACUACGAAAACGAAAAGAAGUUCCGUGCUGGGGGCCCGGGGGGCUCUCGCCCCAAGAGGGCCUUCCCGCUCGCCAGCGCCCUCAACAUCAACAAGCGCACCGAUGCCCGGUACAGGCACCUCAUCAUCCUGUAUGGGCGCGACGGCACCUUUGGCGUGGCAGCCGAGAACGCGGAGCAGCAACAGGCGUGGUACGCGGCCAUGGUGGAGUUGCACUGCAAGGGCAAAGCUCCCGUGGCUGGCGACCCGGAGGCCGCCGUGGUCCCGGGCCCGGCCUUCAAGGAGGUCUGGCAGGUGAGCCUCCGCCCCAGGGGCUUGGGGCACACCAAGAACCUGGCUGGGAUGUACCUCCUGUGCCUGACAGAGAAGACCAUCAACUUCGUGAAGCUGAACUCAGACGUGGCCGCCGUGGUGCUGCAGCUGCUCAACGUGCGCCGCUGCGGCCACUCGGAGAACUACUUCUUCAUGGAGGUGGGCCGCUCGGCGGUGACGGGGCCCGGGGAGCUGUGGAUGCAGGUGGAGGACCUGGUGGUGGCCCAGAACAUGCACGAGACCAUCCUGGAGGCCAUGAAGGCCCUGAGCGAGGAGUUCCGGGUGCGAAGCAAGAGCCAGUCGCUGGCCUCCACACCCAUCUCGGUGCCCCCCCGCCGGCAGCACCUGGGGAACCCGCCGGCCGGCCAGGGUGCCUUCCCGUGGAGGCCCCGGGGCCCGGAGGGGACGCCCUCCCUGAGCCACAGCCCCGCAGCGCCGGGGCCCAAGGCCGGCUCGGGCCCCCGGAAGGCCGACUCCUUGAGCGACUACAGCGCCCUGUCCUCGGACGAAGGGGGCUCCAGCCCGGGGGAGUGGCGGCCCCCGAGUUGCACGCCCGACCCCCUGAGCUACAUGCUGACGGAGGCGGGGGAGCUGGACUACAUCGCGAUGGGCAAGGUGGCGUCCCAAGACAGACACCGCCUGGCCAAGUGGGCGUCUGGCGCGGAGGCCCACAAGAGGGCCUCCCUGCCCCCGCUGGCCCUGGACAAAGGCACGCCCGGCCUGCCACGGCGGCGGAAGCCAGCGCUCGUGGCCUUGGCCAUUUCUGCCAGCUACCCCGAGGGGCUCAACCUUCGCGGCGCUGAUCCGGGCUACAUGGCCAUGCUGCCCGGCGUGGCCACGGGGGCCGAGGACCGGGACUACGUCCCCAUGACCCCGGGCAGCGUCUCGCCUCCCCGCGAGAGCGGGGGCUACGUGCUGAUGUCCCCCAGCGGGAGCUGCUCCCCAGACGGGCCAGGCCCCUGGGGCGAGAGCAAGUCGCUGGGCAGCGACUACAUGAACAUGUCCCCUGCCAGCCGGUCGGCCUCCAGCACCCCGCCCGAGUACUGCCCCCUGCUGGCCAUCGCUGGCGGCGCCCCUUUCUACUCCCUGCCCCGCUCCUAUAAGCACCUGCCCCAGCCGCUGCGCUGCCCCUUCAACCCCGGGCGGCUGUCCUGCUCCUCUUCCACCAGCUCCGAGAGCCUGGAGGAGGCGGUGGGGGCCCCCGGCUGCCCACUUGGUCUGUUCGUGGGCCUGCCCGGAGCCGGCGGGGACGUGCCGCCCGCCACCCCUCGGAGUCCCGGGGAGUACGUGAGCAUCGAAUACCACUCCGCAGCCACCGACUACGUCAAUAUGGAGCUCCGCGCCGCUCCGGCGGAGUGCAGCGGGGCGGCCGUGCCCGACACCUGUGCCGAGAUGGCGCCUGCCGCGCGGCUCGUGCGGGCGCACCCUCAGGAGUGGUGCCGCUGUCACUGCUCGGAGACAUUCCUCGAGGCGGAGCGGAACGGGGGGCUGCCCAGCGAGGCCCAGAUGGAGACGGGCCUGAACUACAUUGACCUGGACCUGGUGAAAGAGGCCGCCCCUGAGAUGGCCGGCCCCGCUCUGCGCCCAUCGGCCGGCCCCGGCCAGGCAGGGGCGCUCCACACCUACGCCAGCAUCGACUUCCAUCGCUCGGGGGAGCUCCUUCGUGGGCACAAGGGCAACUCCGAGGGAGCAGACUCCUGACUCUACCAAGAGGAACAAUCUUGUGAUAACUCGAAAUGAACUCUUGAUUCUUUUUUGCACCGUAGCAACUUUGCUUCCCCCCUCCUGCCCCCAAAU